UGGCUGGCUGUUGCAGCAUCCUGCAAGAGGCCGAGGGAACCUGUUAAAAUGCUCCUGUCCGUGUUGGCUGUGAUCCUGUCGGCGCGCACUCCCGUGUUCAGCGCGAGCGCCGCGCUCAUGACCUUUCAACACCGAGACGCGAGCACGGGCUUGGCGGUAGCGUGUGACCGCUGCCCCCCGGGGAAAUACCUGCAGGCGCCCUGCACGGCCACGACGAAGACGGAGUGCGCGCCGUGCCCGACGGGCUCCUUCACGGAGCUGUGGAAUCACGUCACGAAGUGCCUCCGCUGCUCCAUGUGCGGACACAACCAGGAGGUGACGCGGCCGUGCAGCGCCGAGCGGGACUGCAGCUGUCAGUGUAAGGAGGGCUUCUACUUCCAGAAGAAGUACGAAAUGUGCGUGAAGCACACCGACUGCCCGCCCGGACACGGAGUCCUCAUCAAAGGCACGGCACAGCAGGACACGGUGUGCCAGCCCUGCCCCCGGGGCUCCUUCUCCGAUCAGGCGUCGUCGCUGCAGAACUGCACGCUGCACCGCGGCUGCGACGCUCCGGGCCAGCGGCUGCUGCUGAAGGGCUCCACGUGGCACGACAGCGUGUGCACGACGUGCGAGGAGCUCGGCUCUCGAGACGGAGCAGACUACCUUCGGGAAAUCCUCCCGGCUUUCUUCGUCCAUCAGAAGAUGCCCAUCAAGCGUCUGCAACGGCUCUUGCACAAGCUGCCGCCCCAGAACGGCAUGACACCGCACAACAAGAUCUCGACGCGCAGUCGGAGGGAUCUGUACGCGAUGAUCAACACGUGGAUGGUGAACGUCAGCACGGAACAGCUUCGGCAACUUCCGAUGACGCUGACAAAGAUCAGAGCAAAAAACCCGGCCAGGAAACUGGAGAACAAGCUGCGGCAGAUCGACUCCGCCUUGGCCAACCCCUGCGUGACUGACAGUCCGCUGGUGGAGGUGGUGGUGAUGGCUGAAUAGGCAGAGGUGGAAAAUAUGUUUGUUAUGCGUUUGGGAGGAAGCACUUUUUAGGUGGCUUUAUUCAUUUUGAAAAAUAUGCAUACUUAUUCUAAAAUGCUGCCCUGUUACUGUGUUCAGACCAAAGGCAAAGUGAGUUUGCCACGCUGCACACUGACAGCAAAUUUGCUCUGAGAAAGAUGCUAAAUUUGCAUAUUUGCAUGAGGUGAAAAUUUUCAAGUCGAGCAAAAAAUUCACAGCCAUAUUCACACGCGUCCGUGACAUGGCAAUUCACUCUGUUUGGUCUGAACACGCCAUUAAAAUAUGCACUAUUCGUCUCAUUACAGGCCACAAUGAUCUGCGAUUCAUAAAGGAGAAUACCAGUGUCUUUCAUACAUUUUCUUGUGUCUGCUUCUACAUGACAUUUCCCUCCCAUCACUUCACCAUGCAUGCUACAUGUAAUUCGAUUUUUUCACAAGUUACCUGUCACUUUUUUUGCUGUUUCUAAAGCAAACUGCUUGUCAGAACUAGCUGGAAAUGAAUGGCUACCUCUGCUAAAGAAACACAAAUUAAUACAAAAAACACACCCUGAAUAAAAAGGCACAGAUGUGAUAGUUUCUUUUUUUAUUUUUUAUAUUUCUGUUUCUUCAUACAAGAACAAAUGGCAGCACAUGGCUUUUUCAAAGGGAGGACAACCAUGCCAACUCUGUUACUGACUUAAAAAAAAAAAAAAAAAAAAAAAAAAACACACUGGUAUUACCCUUUAAAAAAAAGCAAGGCCUAUACCUACCUCUUCCU